AUGGCGAAACCGACCGUCACUCUUAUCCCAUGGGAUCCAAACUCCCCUGAACAUGUGAGGCGCAUGGUUGAGCAGCGCAUAAUUUGUGGCUGGCAAGCGUCAACUGUCCCGACUGAGUGGAAAGAUGGACAUAUCAACGGGACGAAAUGCGUUUACUGGAUUAUCUUUCCGCAGGACGAGCCACAGCGUGAGAAAUACCUCAAGAUGCAUACUGAGGCUUAUCCCAAGGAGACAGAAGAACUCCUCGACUCGAGCAAGACGCUACUCGGAAAACCACACGUUCCCACUGACGCAAAGUUCCUUCCGGUUGGGCACGUCGCUCUCGACACCCAUAUCUCAGACUAUGCAGAAAAGCUUGAACUAGACUUCCCCAAAUCUGACGCAUACUGGGUCAAGAGUCUUUACGUAUCUUACAGACUUCAAGGCCUGGGUGUCGGCGGAGCUGCUAUGAAAAUCGCUGAACGUGUGGCCACGGAGGAGCCCCUCAACGCUAGACAUCUCCUAUUAGACACGGUGCACCAAGAAGAUCAGGCGAAUGAGGAAUUCGCUAUAGCUGUCUAUGGAGGAGCUUUCAAGAUUCCCACUCAGGCCUGGUAUGAGAGACAGGGUGCAGUGUUCCUCUUCGCCAAGAAAGAAAAGUCUACUCCUCACGUUGAAGAUCUCGAGAAUCGCCUCGCUCAGUAUGAAGGAAGGAAUCAAGACACGGAGGACUGGGUCCCCGAUGCUGUUGAUGUUCCAAGUCCCUUUUCUAGUGGCCACGACGCUCAACAGCCGCAAGACACACCUCCCGUUGCGCCGUCACCGAUUCCGAGAUCUACGACCAGACCGGGGACCUCGAUACCAUUGACCGGCCGGUCAAUAGAAACCGACUCUUCGUUGAGCUCGAGCGCUACUUUUGGCUUCAGGGUCCAGAACCUGCUCAGUAAUGCUCGACAUAGACGCGAUAUUCCCCGCCCUACCGGCCACGUCUCUAACAAUAACAACUCGUCUCCAAGACAAGCCUACAUCACGCAUAGUGGCUCUCUACCCCUUCUUCCCAGCGAAUCAGAAGCCUACCAUCUCCUGGAGGUUGUCGGCCUGUACAUCGGUCAGAGUCAAAGUCACUUUGACUCGCGAGAGGUCUCCGACAACAUCGAGCUCUACUAUAGGGAUCCAGAAGGCCAGCUCCCGCCUACGCCAUGGUUUUUGCGCAUGAGCAUUAUAUUUGCAGUUGGAAAGCUACUUUCUGGAGAAAGCUUAGCUUGCAAUGGCGAGACGGAUUUAGGAACUAGUUUAUUUGAGUUUGUCCAUGCACAAUUGCCAACACUUAGCGAGCAACAUGCUCAAGGGAGGGUUGCGAUUGAGACAUUGACGCUGCUUGGUGUUUACCUACAAGCCAUGAACCGAAAGGAAGAAGCGUACAUAUAUACCAGCAUAGCCUUGCGGCUCGCAGUCACACACGGUUACCACCGUCCUCUGGAGGGAACACGAAUACUUCGGUCGGAGAAAGCCCACAUCGGUAGGCUAUGGUGGACGAUUUAUAUGCAAGAAAGACGGUUGGCUGCAGCGACGGGCCACCCAUAUGGUAUUGACGACGCUUUCAUCGUGCUAGAGUAUCCCACCGACCAGCCGGGCUUCAGCUCCACCCAACCAAUACGCACAAAUGCUCGAAUCGCGAGAGUUACAAGCCGCAUCCUUAUAGACCUCUAUAGCCCCAAUCGUCAGCACCAAGACUCUUUCGUGCAUGAUGUCAAAGAGAUCAUUAGAUGUCUGCAUGAUAUUUCGAGCGAGAUUCCAGAGAAUCUAGCAACGGUAGCUCAUGGACCAAAUGCGAAUGUUUCCGUGAGAACAACUGCCUCUCUUCAGCUCAUGCUAUAUCAAGCCACCUUACUCACAAUACGUCCGGUAAUGCUACACGUAGCACAUUUAAUACUUGCAGGAUUGAGUUCUGGCCUGGAGCAACUGGGGAACUCUUCGUUGGCACAGCUUUGUCGAGCAUGCACUGAUGCAGCUAGGCGUAUUGUGCGUACUAUCAUAAAACUACGAAGAAUGAAUCUCUUAGCUAUUUUUGGAUUCUUUGACUGCGAUGCCAUCUUUUCUGCGACGUUUGUCUUGAUUCUCACAGCUGUCUUCGACUCUGCUUGUGAAGAUAAGGAUAAGAUCAACCCAUCGCCUGGACUGGGUGAGGCCAUGGAGAGUUUGCAGUACCUGGCCGACAACCACAACACUACCGCCGUUGAACGACUCCAAGAGAUCAAUGAUAUCCUGCAUCAUUUGCCCGAACAUUUACGAACAAAUGAGGGUACAGCUUUCCCCCUGCACGAUCGCUCGCAACCUGCGUAUGACCAUGUAUGCCAGGCCGCUGAUGGUAGUCGAGGCCAUGAACCUGCAGAGCCCGUGAAUAAUACCGAGGAAACAGAUGAUAUGACACAGCCAGUGGUAGAUCCAGGCCUAUCGAGGGCUGCACCUGACGCGAGCCGCAUUGAACAAGACCGUUUAGCCUUGAAUCUAGACGCCGAACACCAUCCCUCAAACUUCAAUGACUUGUCGCAGCUCUGUAUACCCUCAGCAGUCAAUACAGGGACCGUGCCAAGCGACGACCUGAUCCCUACCGACAUACCAUUGGAUGAAUACUAUGGCUACUUCCAGUCACUGUUGGAUAACUCUGAUUGGUAUCUCACAGGGCAAGACGUUGGAGAUUUGGCGGAAUUUGGGAGACAUGUCGUUAACUGUAGUAGAUCUGAAUAGGAUGUUGCUGGUCUGCUGUCAGAGAUACUAUAUUUCUGGACUGGUAACAUAGAAGAAC